AUGACAACAGCUACUUGCGCACAAAUGGGCCUACUUUCAGAGCCUUUAUGCCCCAAAGCCAUAUUUUGGACAAACCUUAUUUUAUUGGGGUUCAACCCUUCAGAGCUCGCAAAAGGCACAUAUUCAACAGUCACCUUUGAUAAAGAUGUCUUCACUAAAGGCUCACCUAAUUCAGUGAAAGCAAUGGAGUUGAUAGUAUGGUUUUUAUUUAAAAAAUUGGACGACUCGUUGACUACGGCGAAAUUCUCAUGUUGGCCAAUUCUUGAUUUACCAUCAAGUUUGCAAUUUCGGACAGCAGCGUACAAAUGGUUAGAUCAAUUGAAAAAAGAUGGAUGCCUUGGAAAUACGGAUAUUGUUUUGAGACGUACAUUGUUUGAUGAAUGUCAAGGCGAAAGAUUCGAGCGUUUAAUAAUGGCCUUUUCGAAUCACGUCUUAAAAGUAACAAUGGAUAGAGAUUACCAACAUUACAAUCGAGUACCGAAAAUUGGAUUCACGGAACUUAAAGAAUCGGCACCGGAAUUAUUGAAAGGGAUUCUAAAG